CCUGGAGGAUCGGCGAGCGAAAUGUUGUGUGUGUAGAGUAGAGGAAGAAAAGUACGGCAACAGCUGUCGCUUCUUCGAAUCUUAUCGAUGACUCUGAAACCAGGUGAUAUUUCCUCCGAAAACAUUUGCUGCUGCUUCUGCUGCUCACUUUCACUUUGAUCCACCGGUCGACUCAAGGACGCAGUGUCUGGUCGUCUUCGGGCAAACAUCAGGUCAGUACCAGCUGACCCAUGGAGGACAGAACAGAAACCCAGAUGGCUGUGAAGGUGGAGGAGCAUUCUCGGGGUGUCAUCCUGACUUACUUCCAGGGCGACAUCAACAGCAUGGUGGACGCUCACUUCACCCGAGCUCUCAGAGGAGACUGCAAGGCCAAGGCUCCGGCAGCGAAGACAAAAAAAACAAGGAAAAGUAUCAAACUUGAGAGCAGCAGCUCAUGUCAGGGCAGGGCUGUUAACCCUUACACUGAGGCACAGUCCCCUCCCGCUGCGGAACGUCUCCUGACAUUCGGCCCCUUGGCCGAAACUCCCCCCGGUUCGUGGCACUCGCUCACAGCCCGGCCAGGAGAGGGCUCAGGUCUGCCGCCCCUUGCAUACUCCCUGACCCCGCAAGGGUUGAGCCUGACUGGACAACAAUAUGCCACAUCCCUGCUCAACCUGCUGCACAGUGACAGGGGUGAGAUGGGACCCAGCAUGGCCUCCAGCUCCAAGCCAGAGCUGCUGCCCAGCUGGACCGUGCCUCAGGGCUUCAGAGAGUCUGUGGACCCCUCUGUGGGAUUUGAACCUGAGCGUCGUCUGGACAAGAAGGACUUAUACUGGUAUUGAAGAGCGAGCGCCUGGAGCAGCAGAGACUGGAACAUCUUCCACCACGCGACACUGAGUUACAACAGCUGGCUUACUCUUCAGUCGAGGAGCCGCCAGAUGUGUGUUUGUUAAACAGUCCUCGGCGUGUCAUGGGAGAACUCAGAAAGACGGAAGAAACAGCGGCGCUUCCAUUCCCUGGCUCGCUCUCUGCACCUCUCACUCAAAUGAACUCAGUACCUCAGUAUGUGUUAGCUGGAACAAGCCUUCUGGAAGGGAACACUCUCUGACAAACCUGUUCUUCAACUCUGUCAUUCCUCUGGUAGAUUACAGUGCACUGUAUAUGUUGUUUCUCCCUCUGCUGUGGAGUCGAGAGGGCAUUCUCUUAAAUCUUAUCUUAGUGGACUUAUACCAGUAACUAGACCAGUAUUACAUUGUGUGCCUUUUCAGUGUAAAGAUUUUGUUGUUAAUAUUGGUCUGCAGUUCACCUGGAUGAGCUUUAGUUGUUAAUGUUUUUACAUAUCCAAAAGGGCACGGUCAUACAAUCUUAAUAAAUCGUUUUCUGUCAUUUUGUAUCAAAAGUAAAGUAAAAAUAUAAAAAAAACCUUUCACCGGCUUUGAAAAGAAAUUAACAGACAACACAAAUUGAAAAACAGUGGCAUCUAGUGGCAGGUUGACAACAUAUUAAAUAUUCAUAAGGCUACUGUCAAGUAAACUACCCAGAAGAGUGAAGAAGUUAAAUUAGCUUCACUUCACACGACUACAGAAUUAAACUAAGCAAUUAUAUGUUAAUUUAGCAAUAAUAAUUUAUAAAUAAGAUCAAACUAUAAGACGCUUUCUGCACAAUCAAUUAUUUUAUUCUAAAUAUGUGAAGAAGAUUUUACUGAUCAUACUUUUACAACAGUAAAACUCGUAAAUCAGAAUUUUUUGUAUUUAAUUGGGUAUCUUUAGUGUGUCUUACUGCAGCUUCUGCUUAAAUGAAAUGAUUUGAAUACAUCUUCAACUCGUGCACAUGAUUUAUUUUUACUUGAUGAUACUAUGGACAUUUAAGGAGGUAAAUUCUAAAUGAAUGCACAGAUGAGACCUUAUGAAAUAAAAAAUGUUGUGAAUAAAUAC